CGCCAUGUCGUGCAUGAUCUUGCCGAUCGUGUUCUACUUGAAGCACUUUGGCGACCGCGUGUCGUGGCCGGAGAAGGUGUGGGCGUACUUUGCGAUCGCCGCGUCGCUCUUCCUCGGUGUGUACGUGACGUACGUGUCGGCGGACCCGCUGUUCAACCCGCCUUCCGGUCCUUCGCCCAAGCCCACGUGGGACGGCGUCAAGUUCCCGUACUGCCCUGCUGGCUCGAGGUACCAGCGCAUCACGUUCGCCAACGUGUCGUACCACAAGAACUUUACGUCGUUGUAAGGUUGUUCGUGCGUUUGGUGUAGUGUUCGUCCUGUUCUAGUGGUAGUUGCGCGUGGGUUGUUGUUGAUGGUCCGACAGGUGACGACAUGCAGUGUAAAUUAGGAUUAUCGACACGAUUGACAAUGCAAAUUGCG